GGGUUGGGUUAAAAGUGGAAUCCAGCUAAAAACAAAAUAUCCGGUCCCAGUUAUUGAGUCAUUGGCUGGACUGAAGCCGACUGGGUAGAUCUCUAGAUCUAGAUCUAUGUACUUUAAAUAUAAUUAGAAGUCUACUAAUGUAAAACUUAUAAAUUAAUUAAAUUAAUAUCUCUAAAACUCUAAUCUAGAUCUAGUUUUAAUACAUAAAAAAGAUGGCAGGAAUACACGAAGGUCCCGAGUUCGGGAUUGGUGAUUUCGUACUGCUUCGUGAACUUUCUCUUGAUGCUUUUAUGGAAAAUUUAAAACUCAGGUUUGAAAAAAGUAAAAUUUACACAUACAUUGGUGAGGUGGUGGUUUCAGUAAAUCCUUACAAACAGUUGGAUAUCUACAAUAGCAGUUAUGUGCAAGAGUAUAAAGACAGAGAGAUCUAUGAAAGGCCGCCCCACAUUUUUGCUCUUGCUGACAAUGCCCAUAAAACAAUGAAACGCCAAUCAAGAGACACUUGCAUUGUGAUAUCAGGUGAAAGUGGUUCAGGAAAAACUGAAGCUUCAAAAAUUAUUAUGAGAUACAUUGCUGCAGUGACCAACAUUAGUGGACAGAAAGAAGUGGAAAGAGUCAAGGAUGUUUUAAUUAAGUCCAACAAUAUACUAGAAGCUUUUGGCAAUGCUAAAACCAACAGAAAUGAUAAUUCAAGUCGUUUUGGAAAAUACAUGGACAUUAACUUUGACUUCAAAGGAGAUCCAGUCGGUGGGCACAUCAACAACUAUCUUCUGGAGAAGAGUCGUGUCAUUUAUCAACAUAAAGGAGAGAGAAAUUUUCACUCCUUUUAUCAGCUACUGAGUGGUGCACAGGAUGCCAUGCUGAGUGAAUACAAGCUGACGAGAGAUCCACAGAAGUAUCAUUUUAUUAACCAAGGAGGAGAUCCAAAAGUUGGUUCUAUAAAUGAUAAGCAAGACUUUCGUGGUGUGAUGGAUGCUCUCAAAGCUACAGGGUUUACCCCAGAUGAGGUUUCUACAACUUGGAAAAUUGUUGCAGCCAUUUUGCAUCUUGGAAACAUUGAAUUUGUUGGAGAAGAUGAUGCUACCAUCAACAACCAAGAGGAGCCAUCCAUCAUUGCCUCACUGUUAGGGGUGACAAAAGAUAACUUAGUGAAAACUUUGUUAUCCAGGGUUAUAGCAGCUGGUGGACAAGUUGUGGAUAAGUUGCUCAAUGUUCAAGAAGCACAGUAUGCCAAUAAAGCAUUCUCAAAGGCAUUAUAUGAUCGCUUGUUUACUUGGAUAGUUGGACGAAUCAAUGAUGCUAUCGAUCCCAAAAAGGGUGGAAUAGUUGGCAAAAACACAGUUAUUGGUGUGCUGGACAUUUAUGGUUUUGAAAUCUUUGAUAAUAACAGUUUUGAGCAGUUUUGUAUCAAUUAUUGCAAUGAAAAACUGCAGCAGCUGUUCAUUGAGUUAGUUCUGAAACAGGAACAAGAGGAAUACAUGAAGGAAGGCAUAGAAUGGCAACAUGUUGACUAUUUCAACAACAAAAUCAUUUGUGACCUUGUAGAGAUUCCACAUAAUGGUAUCCUAGCCAUUCUGGAUGAAGCUUGCCUUAACGUGGGAAAAAUUACAGAUGAGACUUAUUUAGAAGCAAUGGCUAAAAAAUUGAGUAAACAUGAUCGAUUCACUUGCAGACAGCUUGAACCUGCUGAUAAAACUUUAGAACACCACAGAGACUUCCGAAUUAAACAUUAUGCUGGAGAUGUCACAUACAGUGUGAUUGGCUUCAUAGAUAAAAACAAAGAUACUCUGUUUAUGGAUUUCAAACGUCUUUUAUUUAACAGUUCCAACGGAGUGUUGAAAUCAAUGUGGCCAGAGGGAGCUCAGAGUGUUAAUGAGACAAGUAAAAGGCCAAUAACUGCUGGUACUGCUUUUAAAAACUCCAUGAUAGAAUUGGUACAGAAUCUUGCUAGUAAGAUUCCAUAUUAUGUGCGCUGUAUUAAGCCCAAUGAGGUCAAAUCUCCUUUGUUGUUUGAUGAUACAAGAACUCGUCAUCAAGUCAUGUAUUUGGGAUUGCUGGAAAAUGUCAGAGUACGAAGAGCUGGAUUCGCCUUCAGGAUGGCCUAUGACAGAUUCCUGAAAAGAUACAAGAUGAUUUGUACUAAAACAUGGCCCAACUACAAAGGUCAGGUAGUUGAUGGCGUCAGAGCCUUGAUCGAUUCUCAGGGAUAUUCCUCUGAUGUCAAGUAUGGAAAGUCAAAGAUCUUUAUUCGUUCACCACAAACUCUUUUUGCAUUAGAGAAAGCCAGAACUGCCAAGAUUCCAAGUGUAGUUCUGUUUUUACAAAAGCACACCAGAGGUGCACUGGCCAGAAAGAGAGUGAAAAGAUUGAGGGCUGUUUACCUAAUCAUGCAUCACUACAAGAGAUACAAGCUGCGCUCUUACGCACUGGCAUGUCUGGAGAAGUUUAAAAAUGCCAAGAAGAUGAAAGAUUAUGGUUUGAGCGUGCAAUGGCCUAAACCUCCAAAUACAUUAAGGGCAACUGUGGAGAUGUUGAAGAAAGCUCAUCUUAGGUGGAGAGCUUUCAUGAUUCUCAGUAGAAUACCUGUUGCUGAUCGACCUAUGAUGAGGCUUAAAGUUAUGGCUGGUGAUGUUCUUGUUGGCAAGAGAGCCGAUUGGGGAGUCAAGCGCAACUGGGAGGGAAAUUAUUUAGCCUCAAGUAAAGAUAAUAGCAACACAGCAGAUUUUGUGUCAGCUAUAAAUACAUUAAAAAGUAAAGAUCAGUUCAAAACUAUUUUGUUUUCAUCCUAUGUGAAAAAAACCAACAAGUUCAACAAGACAGCUGAGAGAGGUCUAGUCAUCACAGACAAGUUUAUCUACAAAGUAGAUGCCAAGAAAAAAUUCAAACCCAUGGGCCACGGCCAACUGUUGACUCAAAUCACAGGAGUUAGCCUGACUCCAGGCAAGGAUCAGUUGAUCAUCAUACACAUGAGUGGUGGCAAUGACUUUGUUGUGUGCUUAGAGAAUCCAGCCCAUGAGGAGAGGGUUGGGGAGUUGGUUGGCAUUUUGGUCUCUCACAUGCACAAGAUCUUAAAAAGUGAUUUAAAAGUGAACAUAAGUAAAAGUCUUAAUUGCAUGCUGGGACAUAAGCCUAGAACAGUGGUUGUCAAGGAAACAGCUACAAACAAUGGCACUGUCUUCAAAAAGGAAGGAGAUGGACUAGCACUUUAUUGGCCUGCAUCAUAAUUUAUUUAUUUUUAAAUACCAUAAUACCAUACUUGUCGUUUCUCAUUUCAUGUGCUCCGAGUUUUUUAAACAUUGUAAAUAAAACAUCAUUCACAAGGUCACAUUCUAUAAGUCAGGUUGCAACAUUCUUUGAAGAAAAGACCAGUAGAUGUUUGGUGAUUUGAACUACAAAUACAUUUGUUGGUCUUGCAUAUGUUGUUUUACUGGGCCAGCUUUGAUUUACAAUUAUUUUUUAAACUUUUAAUUUGCUUGUAACUCUUUAACCCUAACUCAUGUAGACUUUAUCAUUUUAUGUGCCUUUUAAUUGUUCUCUUUCCUGUAUGUGUUUAAUUUAAUACAGCCAUAAUUGAAAACUUGUUCACAGUUUUGCUAAGAGAAUUGUUUUUGUUACACAUGCCUGUGACUUUGUCUACUACAUAUGCAUCUUAUGACAUUCCCAUCUGUUACAGUUUUUGAAUGAAUCAGUUUGCCUUACUUCUGGUGAAAAUGUUCUUUCUCCUCUCUGGUUUACAAUGGUAUAUUUUAGCUUAAUAGCAUUUCACUGUUUCUGUGAUUCUACUUGAUUCUGUGAUACACAGUUUCUAUAUAAGCCAAAAUAGUUUUCUACUUUGAUUGCCUUUUUGUACAAAACACUCAAUUUUGUCUUUGUUUUUUUUUUUUUUUUUUUUUUGAAAGCCAUGACUAGGAGAUAAAAUCUGACUAAGUUAAUGUGACAAUCAGUUUCAAGUCAUGGAAAUAUAUUUCAUGGAUGCUGUCUUAGCUUCUUUCCAUUCUUUAAAUUGCUUACAAUUGGUGUUUAAAACCAGUUUACACUUUGAUCAGCAGUGAUAUCAAUAUAUACAAACUUCAGUUAAUUUGUACUUUUGUAAGAUCUAUUUCUAAACUCUACAUUUAUCACAUAUGUGUUCUAUUUGUCGUUGUUUAUAUAUACUUAUAUUUGUUAUCAGUGUAUAUACUGUUGUAGUUGUUCUGGACAAAAUAAUAACUUUUGUGAAUUGAAUAACUGGGAUGAGCUCACACAGAUUUUAAAUGGAUGGAAAUAGACACUUGGAACUGGUUGAAAUUGUUUUUAUUCUUGAGAUUUUUAUACUCAAGUUAUGGGUUUUUUUUGUUCAGAAUAUGAAUGUGUAUUUAUUUUUCAUCUUGGAUUUAGAUAUAGUUUUGCUGUUUGUUAUCCAUUGACCAUAAUCCAUAACCUAUCUCAAUGAUAAGUACUUUAGAAAAUAAAAGUCCACUAGUCCGUUUUUGUUAUAGACAUCUAAAGCAGAAUUUAUAUUGAACUCUUUGUAUAAAAUUAAAUAACAACUUUACUUUGUGUUGCAUUUUAGAUGUUUAAAAAUGUAAUUAAAAAUAUUAAAAAAUCCCAUAUAUUAUGAAUUUAUUUUUAAUAUAAUGAACACAUCUCCAAAUAACUAAAACUAUGUUAUAAUUUCAUUAUGCCUGCUCAUUACCAAUGUAAAAAAAAAGUCUAGUCUAGUUUUAUAAGAAUUUGAGGGCCACUUUAGAGGGAAUCUCACACAUGUAUUCACCAAGGGAACAUAGUUUGAAAUGUACAUAUAUUCGAUACAAUUCUGAAGCUAUUGUACUUUUAUUUUUUUAUUAAUGUAUUAAAGUAAUUUUUGUUGUAAAUGUUAGUUUCAUUCUCGCUGUAUGUUUCACCACUGACCACCAAUGUCUCCAUGAGACAUUCAGAUUGGAAUAGAAAAAUUUUGUUUUAAAAUAACCAGGAAAACCAUUGGAUUGAAUUUACUUUUUACCAAAUAUUUAUGCAGAAUUCCAGUAGAGUAGACAUAUAUUGACUGCCAGAGUGCUUAGGGUAUCUUCUCCAAUCUACUAAGGACAUUGAAAUGUUUUCUUGUGUUUGUUGUCUUUUGAAUCCUUGAUGACGUAGAAAGUCUAUCUUCUUGUUCUGAAUGCAGCAGGCACAAACACAGCUGUGUCCUGGCAGAAAACUAGUUUUGGUUCUAUUUUAUUAAUGAAGCUACUUAAACACUCAUGUGGUUUUCUUGUUAUCAAUAUUGUCAUUAUUUAAAAUGUACUUCAAUAUAUUUAUACUUUUAUGUGUGAUUAACAAUGAAGGAAAAAAAACAACCUGUCAAUGGAAAUGAUCAGCUUUUUGCUUAAAGUUCUAAUCCAAUAUUUGUGAUGAGCUUGAAGAACUUUAGUGUCAGUAAACACCAUAUGCUUGGAAAUGAUUUCCUUACGUUGAAUUUUGAAAUUUAUGAUGGACUCUCUCUUGUUAUAGUCACAUGAUGACUGUUUUGUCAAAGUAAUACAUGCCAACUUUUUUUUUUUUAACUAGCCAACAAAAUGUUAUUUCUUCUAUUGGACAUUGUUUAACUUAUUUUCAAUGAUUUUAUAUUAUUUAAUUUUAAACUAUUUUGUAUUAUUACUGGAAAACCAUUAUACAAUUUUUUAUUAGCUUCUCUAUUUAUUUCUAUUGAAUGGUGCUUGUAGUCAUUUGUUUUGACAAAUUGUUUAUCUGGUGAGUUAAUCUUCAGGAAGUAGUAUCUUGUUGCUUUGGUUUGAUUAUAUACCUACUAUUUUAAUCCUGCCUACCCACUGAUUGCUAAUUUAUUGUUUUUAUAUCUUAAGAUCAGUCUAGUAUACCUAUUUAUUGUCUAGACCACUCUGCAGUGCUAAUGUUUGUAUGUCCAUGUAUUGGUGUUUCUAAGAUGACAACUAUUGUACACAUCUUUCCCUGCAUAUCCUCUUAAUGUUUUUGUUUCUCUUGGAACUAUUUGAAAGAUUCAGUGUACACUUUGGUCUUCAAGAAAGAGAAAGAAAGAGCAAGAUCUUUUGUUUGCAUGUAAAUCUAAAUAGUCAGAAACUAAUAUUUCUUACACAUGGAUACAGUAUAUCAUUAUGUAGUAUGUGUUAUGCUGAAUUGUACUUAUAAAAUAUCUAUAAUUUGUAUUAGUACCUCUUGAGCUAAACCAAUACAAAGAUUUGUAGUCACUCUGUGAUGUUACCUUACACUACAAAAACUUUCUAAAAUAUUGACAUGAAAAAAAACAACAGCAGCUCAUUAAAAACAAAUGGUAUACAUCCAAGAAGAGAAUUGUAUUUUUCUU